UGGGUUGCACUUUGUCUUAUCAUAAUUUUGUGAAGUACCUUGAGUCCGCAUCUGGUCUGCAGGAAGUCUAGAUGCGGACUCAAGGUAAACUUUCUGCGGCCUCGAGUGCCACGUCAGCAGUGCAGACCAGCUGUGCCACGUCAGCAGUGCCACGUCACAGUGCCAAGUCACAGCGCCAAGUCACAGUACCACGUCAGCAGUGCCACGUCACAGUGCCAGAUCAGCAGUGCCACGUCUGCAGUGCCAGAUCAGCAGUGGCACGUCCGCAGUGCCAGGUCACAUUGCCACGUCUGCAGUGCCAGAUCAGCAGUGGCACGUCCGCAGUGCCAGGUCACAUUGCCACGUCAGACAUAGUGCCACGUAAGCAGUGCCACGUCAGACACAGUGCCACGUCAGCAGUGACGUUCAACACAGUGCCACGUCAGCAGUACCACGUCAGACGCAGUGCCACAUCAGCAGUGCCACGUAAGCAGCAUUGCCACGUCAGCAACAUGACCUGCCUGCCAGGUCAGCUGGCCAAUGAGACCAUUGCCGCCUACAAGCAGCGUUGCCUGGCUCAGAUAGAGGCUGAGGAACAACGCCUGCUGGCAGUCGAGGCUGCCCGCAUACAAGCUGAAGAGGCAGCAGCAGCAGAGAAACUGCGGCUACAGGCCAAUGCAGAAGCAGAUGCCCAGGCUCGCCGAAAGGAAGCCCAGGAUCUGCUGCAGCGGCAUGAAGCCAACAGCAUCGACAGACUCAAGUACUGGCAUUUUCAACCGAACGGCGACGACGCAACACCGGAAGAAAAGCACAAGGAGUUCCUCUCCAAACUCGUGACAUGGUUGUGGUAUGCUUGCAACUACCAAAGGUCAGAGUUGGAGAGACAACAUCAGGAAUUGGCGAYGCUCCGCCGCACAGUGCAGAGCCACGAGGAUGCAACUCGGGCACUCAAUGCCCGAUUGUUGGACCUGGAACAGGCAGUACCAGGACCAGCUGCUGGAGCUUCCAGCAGUGCACCCUCAAGCCGCCAACUGGAGGACCGCGUUGACCACGUAGUGGCAAUGCUCGGCGACAUCAGCACCUUCGUUGCGCCGACCACCACCAUCAACAAUCAGCUGCAUACAUUGAAGACCGAGGUCCAGAAGCUGCAGUCGACGAACGCAGACGACAAUCGGAAGAUGUACAAGAUGCCAACUUUCAACCUGGAGAGGUUCGACGACUACACGCAGCAGGAUCCCGUCCUCUGGUGGGAAGCAUUCACAACGCAACUCAGGAUUCUGCCAGUAGCCAAGCACGCGUACAUCGGCGCCCUGUUCCUGAACUCAAAGGGCGGAUGCCAGACCUGGUUGAGCCACCAGGCAACCUUCCACGGCGUCGACGUACUAGACUUGAAGGACGUAAUCACAUGGGAGGAACUAACACGGCUGUGGAAGAAGCGGUUCAUCGUCGACGACGCACCGACAAUCGCCAUCAACCGUUUGUUCACCAUGUCACAGGGCAACACAGCAACACGGGACUGGCUCACGGAGUCCUGUGCGGCAUUGAAGGCAUUGAGCCAGGCCCUUGGUGAUCGCGAGCAGUACUCAACCUUCGCGGAGAUCAUUGACAAAGCGAGGGAGAUCAUCAAGACCAACAGGUCAGCUGCACAYGAGAAAUCAACAUGGCAGCCGACCUAUGUGGAGAAGGCACGAACUGGUCCGCGACAGCAGCACUUCSCUGCAGUCCAGCAGGACAGUGGAGAUAACCCAGCAGCCACUCCAGCAUCAAGUGACGGAGAUCAGGUGGCUGCUGUCCAGCCGCGAAGCAACAACAAGUCCCGCAAGAAUGGGAAGGCGAAAUCCGCAUCGCAGCUGCUAUUGGUGCAACAACACCAAGCACAAGACCUCCCUGUGCCAAGAUCAGGGCAAGGAGGAUAUGCGACCCCGCCUCAGCUCGGGAAACUGAGCUCCGCGGAAGGUGAGGCGACUCCACCUUCUACUCCGCCAGAUUCGGCCGCCUUGCUAGCGGCCUCCUGCACAUCUGGGGAGGACGCGAAUGUCGCAAGUCCUCGGUAUACUUACGAGGAUUAUGCUGUCCACUUGGUUCCACCGCUGGACCAACCGCUCCACGUGCAACAGUCCACAUCAUGCACGGUUUCAUCACCAUCGGCAACCGAUUCGGCAGCUUCGCUGCAACCCAUCGCCGGGGAUUCGACGUCAUGGUCAAGACUUGAUGAGCUCGACCCGUUGACAUUCACGGACUUUCAGUGGAUGCCCGUUCCCUCGACCGGACGAUUGCCGAAACCGCAUUGCAAUGUGCUUAUGGCACAAUUGCGGGACUACUUGCACAUUGCAGUACCAGCUCCGUUGAUGGACGCCGGAGGAGAGGUUGUCGACCUUCACGCUUUCAUCGCGAAGAUCGACCGCGAGUUCAAGACGCAACGCAAGCCCCGCAACCGCAAUCCCUACGGCGAGUUACACCCGAUGCCUAUUCCACGGGAACCCGAUUUCUCCAUUGCCAUGGACGUCACCGGUCCGUUUCCUCGCGACCGGCUCGGGCACGACGGCAUCCUCAUGGUUGUGGACCGAUUGAGUAAGUACGCGCGUUUUCUCCCUUGCAAGUACUACUCCACGGCUCCCGAGCUGGCACGCCUCCUGCACACUGGUUGGAUUUGUGGCCACGGUGUACCAGAAGACAUUGUCAGCGACCGCGACACUCGUUUCAUAUCGGCGUUUUGGACUGCUCUCAUGCAGGAGUCCGACACAACAAUGAAACCAAGUUCGGCUCGACACCCUCAGACAGACGGGCAGAUGGAGCGGGCACAUCAGACCACUCAAAUGAUGCUUCDUACGCUCAUCCGUCCGGACCAGAAAGAUUGGGUUGACCGCCUCCCCGACAUCGAGUUCGCCUACAACACUUCGGUUCAUCCGGCGAUCGGCGUGACUCCAUUCGAGUUGCACCACGGUGGACGGAAAGGCCGGAUCUUCGCCGACCUUCUCCUCCCUCGACCAGCCGACAUUGACGCUGCCUGCUCUCCCUCUUCCAUCCGGAAGUACAGGGAAUCGCUGACUCAAGCCCGCGCAAAUAUGCAAAAGGCUCAAGUCCGCAUGCAGCAGCAAGCCAACAGGCAUCGCGUACCAUGUCCCAUCCGCGCUGGUGAUCUGUUUUGGGUCUCCGCGGAAGAGUUUGCACYGGAACAGGAUGUUUCACGCAAACUGCUUCCCAAGUGGUUUGGACCUUGGUCUGUGACAGCAGCCGCGGGCGAUGAGCCAGAUGGCCCUUCAUUUGUGAUCAACAUUCCAGAGCAUCUGACGGUCCAUCCGGUCUUCCACGCCUCGAAGCUGGCAACUUACACGCCAGCCAAGAGCGACGACUUUCCGGACCGACGAUCGCAGGACCCUCCUUCUAUGGAUGGCCAUCAGGAAGUUGACCGCGUCAUCUCCGAUCGCAAGUACGGCAACAAGCCACAGCAGUAUAAAGUCACAUUCAAAGCAUGCGAUCGCAACGACACUCGGUGGAUAUCAGGCGCAGAUUUGAAAGCGUCCGCACCGCUGAUCUACGCGCAUUAUGAAAAGCGCAGGUUAGCUCAGGAAGCUUCACGACCAGCCCCUCCCACCCGGACUGUGGUCCCUCCCUCAGACAGACAGCUUCGCCCUCGCAGAAUGGACGACGAGGAUUACUUGAGUGCGGAUGAGCAGGACCGUGAGAGUGAUGGCGAAGAGGAAGAGGGAAUUGGGGGAGGGGAGAAAUCCUUGAGAAAGCGUAGGGGGGGAGGUGAUGGCAACGAUGUGGAGGAGGGCGAGGAGGAGGAGGAUGAGGAGGAGGAGGAUGAAGAAACCGGCGAGAAGAAAGUCAAGUACGCUUACGAUGAAGAAGGAAAAGUUGUCGAGGAUAUGAUCGGCGCCCCCCGUCCUGACGAGAGUUUCCUGAAAAAGUAUAUCAAGUAUGGAUACGACCUGGACCUCGAACUGGAAGAGGACCAGACUUUCCUGCAAUGGAAUAGUUGGUACUUCCAGAACGGUGACGUGUAUGAAGGGUUAACCUUUGACGAUCAAUUCCACGGGCGAGGAGUGCUCGAGACUGCUGCAUCUGGAACCUACUCUGGAGAGUUUUAUCAUAACAAGGCUUCAGGUCAUGGGGUGUUGCGCCGACGCCUGGAUCUUGUAACGAAAGCGGAGGAGGAGAAGACAGCGCCGUCGACAACGGCAGCUGCUGGGGCCGGCUCCCGGGAAACUGGGGCAGGAGAAGGAGCUACUCCACCUGAAGGGGACGAUUUGGAUGCCGCUAUGGAAAUUCACGAGGAGCCGGUGAUCCCGGCGGAUGUGAAAGAGUUUUAUGGACCGCCAGAACCGGAUCCUGUUUUGGAUCUGUACAAUCGACAGACGUUCGCGAUUCUCGGCGUUACGGACCAGAAGCUGGAGUACAUCAACGAGCUCGAGGAAGCCAUUCGGUUCGUCAAGGAUCGACGGCUGGAGAAGAGGAUCGAUGUGGAAGUGCCGGACAAAGAGGUGGAGGAGGAUGUAAAGAGGAUCGAGGCGGAGAGGAGGGAGGCACUUGAACCGGAGUACAACCCGUUUCAAGUGGAGUAUACGGAGGCGGAGUUGAAGCGCGGAUACGAACCCCUAGACGAGGAAGACGAGCAAUACAUAAAGAUGGCGAAGGAUGCUGUGGACGAGGCCUCCAAAAUCCAGGAAGUUGACGAGUACGACAGUGACGACGCGGUCGACGAGGAUGGUUGGGCGGUCGAAAGGAGUGAGGAAAAGGCGGCGCCGACGGAAUUGGCGAAGGACGAGGGAGUGAAGAUGGCCUCCGAUGCGGAGUGGGAAGAUUACAUUGACAUCGAGAGGGAUUUCAAGGAGACAAGGGAAUUCCUUGAGGCCCCCGAUGAACGCGAAGUCGACGCUGAUCCCGAUAAGGACUUGGAAGAGGAGGCUGACCGGCUCGAGCAGGAGCUCGAAGCUCUUAAUGUCACGAAAACCGAAAAGAGAAUGGUUAAGGAUCAUUUCCGCAAAUGGAAUCGUUAUCGUGGAGCGAUUGUCUGGAGCGGGCAGUUCGAGAACGGCCGGCCACAUGGCUGUGGUGUUCUAUCGAUCGCAGGGCUUGAUUUUGCGGGCAAGAUGGACCACGAGGUGUUUGUGCCAGGUUCAAGGAACAAUUCCGAGCCAACGGCAGAUUGUCCGUAUGAUGUCGCACUGUGGCAUGCAGGGCUUGGUGAAGUUUCAUCGCUGAAGGCUCAAAUGUUUAAGUUCAAGCCAGAGGGAAUGGUGCAGGUUAAGGAGAGACCGAUUCUGAUGUCGCACCCGUAUAUGUACGACGAGGGUGACGAAUGGAUGGCGCCAGGCUUCAUUAAUGAAUACUUCCCGGUCCCAAAGUACCUCCAGAAAACAGUGAAGAAAAUGGAUGCAGAGAGGGAGCUGUGGCUUGGAUCCUUCAUCCGCGCGCCGUUGAGGCUGCCAGGCCCAGCAGAGAUUGAGCACCAGUACAAAAAAUUGAUGUUCGAGCAGCCGGUGGCCUUCGUCGAUGAGGAAACAGGGGAUGAGUACAUGUACGACCCGGAAUUCAAGCGGUUGAUAACGUUCGACAAGGAUGCGAAUGGGGAUAUUGAGAAAAUGCGAGCGAUGAUCGUUGACGAGGCGCAGGCAGCUAGAGAAGGGAAGGAGAUGGGCGUUUGGGAGGACGUUCCAACGGGUUUGGAAGACCUACUCAACAUGAAAAUCCCGGACGCACCCCCGACCACCGACCCCUUCAAAGCCGUGGAUUGGGCGUUGGAUUUGAAGCAGAAGGAAAUGGAGGAGCAGUACAAAGAGGCCGUGGCGGCAGUGAAGGAGGAGAGAGAAAAAACAAAGGAGGAAGUCAAGAGUGAGUUGGAGAAGAAUAAACUGGAAGCAGCGGAGAAGCUCAAGGCGGCCCGCGAAGAAGCGGUGCAGGCGAAGGAAAGGGCAGAGGAAAGAUUGGCAGAAAAGUUGGAAUCGCUGUUCAAGCGUGGUCGGCGUGGAGAUGGAGGCGAUGGCGGAGACGGGGAUGAAGAGGAGGAGGAGGAGGAAGAAGACGAAGAUGAUGACGAAGAGGAAGAAGAGGAGGGGAGAGGAGGAGGAGGAGGAGGAGGGGGGAGAAGUAGCGGUGCGGGUAGUGUCAAAAUGAGCGGUCGUUCUGACGGAGUUUUGGAUGAAGAGCGAACGGCUCGAUACAAGGUCGAAGAGGAGGAAUCGGGUGGCGAAUACGACAGUGACGAAGACGGAGAGGAGGGCGGUGGUAAGCGGGAAAAGAGGGCGAGGGAGAGAAAAUCAGAGACGGUUGCAAUGGCUGUGACAGGAGGAGCAGGCGCUUAUUCGACGUCUGGUACCAUGUCUGCAAGAAGUCCGACAGCAUUCGCUUCCAUAAGCAUGGGGGCAGCACUUACGCUGCAAAAUUCUGCAGCGUUUGUUGCACUCGUCUCCCGAUCACAGAGAGCGGUACAGCAGGUUUUUGACAGAGCGUCACGGUCGGUAUCGCGGUUCGCCUCGAUUCCACGCUUAUCGCGGCAAGGCACCAACCCUGCUAGUGUGCUUCCGCCAUCUGGCCGAGCAGCAAUUGCAUCCGUGGCUCGGGUUGCGGUUGCCAAGUGGCGCUUGGAAGUGGCGAGAGAAUCGGCGCGUCUGCGGAAGCGAUCGCUGUCACAUAGGGGUGGCAAGGUAAUUCAUACGACGUCCCAGAGAUGUGGUUUUGAAAGGGUGGGAGGACCUGUCGGCGACUUUGCAGACGAGCGUUCCGAGAAGAAUGACCGCUGUUCGAUGGGUUCGGUGGCGGCGGCGGCGGUGGCAGCAACAGCCAGCGCAAACGGUCUGGAUUGGCCAGCAGUGCACGUACCGCUGGGGCCGAGAAGGAUGACACCGCAAACCAGGAGGAGAGUACACAACCUGCACGACAACCGGAAUCCCGAUGGUGGGACUUGUUGUUGGCAGGCGGCCAAUGAAAAUACGCAGAACGACGACCUCUCAUUCCUGUGCCUUGCUCUGCCUAUAUGUUGACAGAGGAACUGACCUAAGGACUUAGCGUUUUUUGGAGACUCAGUUGCUGAGGUGAAGGAGGGCUGUGAGGUGACAUGGGAUGGGGUAUAUUGCAAUAUGAGAGAGAGAGAGAGAGAGAGAGAGAGAGAGAGAGAGAGAGAGAGAGAGAGAGAGAGAGAGAGAGAGAGAGAGAGAGAGAGAGAGGCGUAUAUAACUGGGAAGGGUAAGGCAAAAGGAAUUAGAUGAGGGGAGGAGGAGGAGGAGGAGGAGGAGGAGGUAUCUGUUGACAGAGGAACUGACCUGAGGACUUAACAUUUUUUCGAAACUCAGUUGCUGAUGACUUGCGGAGGGCUGAGCACUUUCAGAAAUUUGGUUUCUGAGGGCUGAGCUCUAUCAGGAAACUCAGUUUCCUAGGGCUGAGUUUUUCGGGAAACUCAGUUGCUGAGGACUGAGCUAAUUUGAGGGAACUCAGGUGCUGAGGGCUGAGCUUUUUUAGGAAACUCUGUUGUGGAGGGCUGAGGCUUUUAGGAAACUCGGUUUCUGAGGGCUGAGCUUUUUAAGGGAACUCAGUUUAUGAGGGAUGAGCUUUUUAGGAAGACUCAGUUUAUGAGGGCUGAGCAUCUUAGGAAACUCAGUUGCUGAGGGCUGAUCUUUCUCAGGAAUUUCAGUUGCUGAGGACUUAGCUGUCUUGGAAAGUCAGUUGCUUAGGCCUGAGCCUUUUUGAGGAAACUCAGUUGCGGAGGACUCAGUUUUUUCUCAGAAACUCAGUUGCAGAGGACUCAGUUUUUUUUUUUGGGGAAACUCAGCUGCUGGGGGCUGAGCGUUUUAGGAAACUCAGUUUGCUGAAGGAUGAGUUUUCUUAAGGAAACUCAGUGGCUGAAGCCUGAGCUUUUUAAAGAAACCACGGUAGCCCUAUGCAAAAUUUGCCUAAAUGCCUCUGUCAGCAUAGUUUUUUUGCCGAGUCUGCGAUAGAGCAUGAGGGAGAUCACUCACUACCUAAACAUGCUAGCACCCUGUGGGUGACCAGUAUGCUACGCUAUGUCGAUGCUAUGUCUAUGCUGUGUGUAUGUUUGUACUACUUUGUAGAGUUGUGUGUGUGUGUGUGUGUGUGUGUGUGUGAUUCUUGCGACAUAUAAGAGAAUACUGAGAUUUUGU